GCUUAGAUAGUCCUUAGUUGAAAACGGGAAGUCUUAUUAAUAUAUAGUGCACGCACAGUAGGUGAUAAGAGGACUCGAAAUUCGUGACGUUUGCCCAGAUAGGCUAUCAGUGACCAACUCAGCGGACAGGCGAGUUCUAUACAAAUAUUUCAGAUACAUUUUUUUUUUAUCAUUUUGAAUUUUUUUUUUUUUUUUUUUAAGAAAAUGCACGUAACACGUUUGAGUGAAUGAGUGUAUGUAUGUGCGCGCCGAACGAUUAGAAACAUCACAUGAUGUUCCAACGACUCGAAUGUGGGUACACCACGUCGUAUGUACUACCAAGCACGGUGGUUGCUCGCUUUUGUCAGUAGAGACGGAACAUCCGACGCGAACGAACGUUCGCGAGGCGACGUAAUCUCUAAGCGCGUCGUGAGAGAACGAUCUGUGUAGUUGCGAUAUACCCACUUCUGUGUCUUUUCGUGUCUCUCUCUUUCUCCCCCUCCCCUCCUUACCCCGUGAACCUCCCGCACAUGCAUGGGCCCCGGCUUGUCGAUUACCACGUCCUCGUGCACUGGCGACGAUCGUCUCACCACCGCGCACGUGUACUCGUCGACUGUCUCGGACGGUAGAUCCUGGUUAACGUCAGACAUGACCAACGAUAAACAAUCGUGGUUUCGCGGUGUCCGAAGCAGCAAAUUUCGGCACGUUUACGGCGUGCCGGCCAAGAGGGAGAAAUGCUACGAUAACAUCAAGAUCACGAAGAAUGCCCACGAUUCGCAAUUCUGCGCGGUAAACCCGAAAUUUCUGGCUGUCGUGACGGAGGUUGCAGGUGGCGGAGCAUUCCUGGUGUUACCGUUGGAUCGCACCGGGCGCCUCGACUUCAACGCGAGUCGAGUGACCGGCCAUACCGGCCCCGUUUUGGACAUCAAGUGGAAUCCAUUCAACGACAACAUCAUCGCGUCCUGUUCCGAUGACUGUACGAUCAAGUUGUGGCAUAUACCCGACGGCGGACUGUCGAGGAAUUUGACCGAAUGGCUGGUGGAGUUGCAAGGGCACAAGCGACGUGUCGCUUACAUCGAAUGGCAUCCGGUAGCUGAGAACGUGCUGUUCAGCGCUGGCUUCGAUCAUCUCGUUAUCGUAUGGGAUAUAAACAGGUGCGAAGCGGUGAGCGUGAUCGACAGGCAUCCCGAUGUCAUCUACAGCAUAUCGCUGAACCGCGACGGCAGCUUAUUGGCGACCACUUGCAAGGAUAAAAAAUUGCGGGUCUUCGAACCGAGGUCCGGUAUCGUUGUUUCGGAAGGGGUUUGUCAUGCCGGCACCAAGGCCAGCAAAGUGGUAUUCCUUGGUAGCUCCGGACGUCUUUUAACUACUGGAUUUAGCAGACAUUCGGACCGACAAUACGCGAUAUGGAGUCAACACGACUUGACCGUUCCACUGACGUGCGAAACCAUCGAUUCAUCGAGUGGAGUGGUCUUCCCAUUUUACGAUAACGAUACGAAUAUGGUGUUUCUAGCCGGGAAGGGUGACGGUAAUAUUCGUUACUACGAAGCAGCCAAUGAAGCUCCUUGGAUGCAUUACCUCAGUCAAUUUAUAUCUGGAAAUCCUCAGAGAGGAUUGGGAAUGAUGCCAAAAAGAGGGAUCCACACUUCUAUCUGUGAGGUGUUUAGAUUUUACAAGCUGCACGCCACCCGCGGGAUGUGCGAGCCAAUCUCGAUGAUAGUGCCCAGAAAGAGCGAUCAAUUCCAAGAAGAUCUUUACCCCGAUACCAUUGGCACGUGCCCCGCGCUAUCCGCUAGAGAUUGGAUCAGCGGCAUGAACAGUCCACCGGUCUUGAUCUCCCUUAAAACAGGUGGUAGCAUCUCUACGCAUAAGCCGCGAGUAUACAAGCCACCACAAUUGCCUCCAACUACCGAUCUGAAUAACAAGAAGAAAUUCGCCUUCCUGUCCACGGAAACCAUACCGGACUAUAGACCGGUGGAGCUGCACGAUAUGUCGGAGAAAAGUCAGAAAACGUCUAGUAAUCAAAGCACUAAAUUUCAGCAGCUUCAGCAAAAGUUUGGGAACGUUGCUAUGCAAAAAAACAUCAUAUCGUCUCCGCUCAACGACAACAAGGUUAUGGAGACUGUCGAUGUCCCGAACAACGAGGCGGAACUUCGAUUGGCAUUCGCUCGUCAAACCGAUGAAUUGAGGCUCGUACGACGGCAACUUGCCAAUAGUCAACUGCGCGUUAAAGAGUUAGAGGACCAAGUAAGAAAAUUACAGCGCCAAUAAAACUUGCGACUAAUAUUUCGCUUCGAUCUCGGCUUCGAGCAAAAUUCUUGCAGCUUUACCACCGAAAUGUGAUUAGCGAUUGGUACUUAAUAUUCAUAUUUAUGCACUAAUUAACGAUGAUAAAGGGAGA